CGUUUAUUUAUUUUUCUCUUGGUCUGUUAUAUGUUUAGGGAACUACAUUUUGCGGAUGUAGAUUUACUCAAACCCAAUCAGUUUCUCAUUUUCGGAGCUCACGAAAUUAGCAAUCAGUUUUUUGAUUAUUUUUUAUUAUGUAUAAGUUUUUGUGGGGAUUCGUUGAUGCAGUUUUUUUCAAAUUUGUUGUAAUCACGUUUGAGCUUAUUCCACAUUGAUCUUGUUUCUAGAAUCUUUAAAUUGUAUUCUUUCCAAUAACCGAGUUGAAAUCUGAUGUCUUAUCAACCGUGUUCUGACUAGUUUAGAUCGAAAUCUUCUAAGAGGGAAUCACCAAACACUCCCCCAGCUAGAUAUGAAUGAUUGUUCUUGUUUUGGUUCAGUUCAGGAACUUGUCAAUUUUCAUAGGAGAUUCUGAUCACUUAUAGUAAAGUUUAGUUGGGUUUAGUUGUUAUCACUACUAAGAAACCGGAAUGAAUGGUGUAAUGCAGUGCUUAAAAAUGGGAAGAGAAAAGAGUCCUGGCUUGAAGAUCCUCUGGGUCUGGACUCUCGGCACUGCUGCUAUAUUGGUGGCUAGUGUUAUCCGCACAAGGAUGCAUGACAUGGAGUCUAUGAUGAACCAAGAACAAGCACCACCCAAACCAAACCAGCACAUAAAUGCAGCUGAUUCGAAUGUAACAGUUUUGCCUGAGUCAGAUCGGGAAAUUGCCAGAGAACUCAAAUGAAUAACAGUCAUGGUUCUAUGGUUUUUCUUUUUUUGUUUCUUCUCUUCCUUUUUCAUUGGCUUGUGCUCUGUGAAGAUGAUGUUUUAAUGGUUUUUGUACGUGUCUA